AGAAUGCAUGGGGUAAGAAAUCGGCGCGAGACAGGAGAGAGAGCUCCAAGCUGUUUGUUGGUGAGACUCGAUUUUUCAGACUAACUCUGCCCUCUUCUGCUACGAUGGCCUCAGACGAUAUCAAAGUGAAGGAGCUGGACAAGCGUGCGUCUGGCCAGGCCUUUGAGGUCAUUCUGGGUAGUCCUGCCCCAGAUGCCAAAGGAGAGUUCCCGCUCUCUCCGCCGAAGAAGAAGGAUUUGUCGUUGGAGGAGAUCCAGAGGAAGCUGGAGGCGGCCGAGGAGCGGCGCAAGUCCCACGAAGCCGAGGUUCUGAAGCACUUGGCUGAGAAACGUGAGCACGAGAAGGUGGUGCAGCAGAAAGCCGUGGAGGAGAACAAUAACUUCAGCAAGAUGGCAGAAGAGAAGCUGAACCAGAAAAUGGAGGCCAACAAGGAGAACCGCACGGCGAUAAUGGCAGCUAUGAACGAGAAGUUUAAGGAGAAGGAUAAGAAGCUGGAAGAGGUUCGAAAGAACAAGGAGACCAAAGAGGCAGUCGGAGACGGCGAGAACUGAACUGUACAAUCGGGGGGU